AUGGCUGCUGCAGGCCUCGCGGGGCCCGUCACGGGCGCCGCGCAGUCCGCCCAGGACGUCGGUCAGCUCUUGGCCCAGCUGUGCGGCGCCACGUCUCGAUUGGAGAAGGCGAUGGCACUGGCCCAGGCGGCGGUCGUCAACGUCGCGACGGCCCAGGAUGAGGCGGAUGAGCUGCAGGAGAUCUACGAAGCAUCGAUCAAGGACAGCUACAUGCAGCCAGUCAAGCGCUUGAUGGUGUCGUGGGAGUCCCAGCGGCAGCCUGGCGCUGCCCAGGGCGAUGCUCAUGUAGGGACCCCAGCAGCCCUGGAGAGGCGAGCGGGGGAGCCUGCGCAGCUUGCGCCGCCAGCCGCCAUGGCGCUGGCCACCCCAGCGCCGCCCCGGGAGCUGGUCCGGUGGCGUGCCCAGGACGGUGGUCGUCCAGCUGGUGCAGCUUGGGAGGCAGCAGGCAUGUCCGAUGAUGAUCUCGACGACGGGCAGCGGCUGCUGGCGCUCUUCGCCAACGCAGUGGAUCCCAGAGCAGAGAUGGUCGCGAUGCCGAGGCGCCAGGCUGCCGGCAACCAGGCGCCCAGGAAGGGCCAGCGGCGGCAGUUGGUUACCGUCGCCAAGCAAGAUCGUAGCAUGGCGGGGGCGUCCUUGUGCAAGCUCCGUUGGAAGAUUAAGGCUUUCGUCGGCAUGGCGUUGAGCCACGCCAAGAAGUUCGAGUCCCAUGCCGCGCUCGCGGAACUCCCCGGGGGCCUGGAGCCAAGAACCUCGGGGUCGACUUGCUCGAAGGUCCAGCACAAGAUUUGGUGCAAUAUCGAGGAUGUGGGUCUUGAUGUGUUCCAGCUUUGGGAGCUCGGACGGGUGGAGGGUUUCUACGAGGCGUUCGGCUGGCCCCCGCGGUGGCGAAAGUGGUAUCCGAGGCACCCGCAGAUGGGACUCAUCGUGGACAUGAUUCAGGAAGAGGAGGCAGACGAGGAGCAGCGGCAGGAGCGACCGAAGCACCAGAUGAAACAGCGGCUCUCCGGUCGACGGCCGGCGGACCUCUCGCCUCUGCCGCCUGUCGGGCGGACCGCGUCGUCGCAGAGCGCCUCCGAGGGCAUGGUGCAGGUGGAGCAGCUGGCGGAGAGCCCCCCGCACACCGUCCUGUACAACAUGCCCGGCUCGCGCAUGUACAGCCUCUUCGCCAAGGCCGGCGUGCGCGUGGCCAGUGUGGUGGACGCCGACGGCUCCUUCUGCGGGAUGGUCACGCGGAAGGGCCUCAUAGCGAGCUUGAGGCGACCCCCGGACAACAACUUGGUCUUGGGGCGAAGGACCGCGGUGCCCGAGGAAUCGAGCGACCACGGCUCAGAGGACGACUCCGACGGCGCAGAGACGAUGUCGCUGCUGCAGGUGGCGCGCGUGGGCGCUGGGGGACUCUGACUGCCGUGAGGCCGCCCAUCGGGCACCAUUUUCCCACAGGCUCAUGUGAGGAGGACGGAUUUCUCAUCUCUCCUCCUCCUCCUCCUCCACCCUCCCCCAUCUCCCCUGCCCUCCUCCU